GAUCAGUGCUGGGAGCAAUUCCCACUUUUCCAGCUUUUCCUUGGAUCCUUGAACCAAUUCCCGGCUCCUCCCUUGGAUCCUGGGACCAACUGUGGGAGAAAUUCCAGAAUUCCUGGUUUCUCCAUUGGAUCCUGGGAUCAGUGGUGGGAACAAUCCCAGCAUUCCCAGCUCUUCCAUUGGAUCCUUGGAUCAAUGGUGGGAGAAAUUCCCACUUUUCCAGCUUUUCCUUGGAUCCUUGAACUAAUUCCCGGCUUUUCCAUUGGAUCCCGGGAUCAAUUCUGGGAGCAAUUCCCACUUUUCCAGCUUUUCCUUGGAUCCUGGGAUCAGUGGUGGGAACAAUCCCAGCAUUCCCGGCUCUUCCAUUGGAUCCUGGGAUCAAUUCUGGGAGCAAUUCCCACUUUUCCAUCUCCUCCAUUGGAUCCCUGGAUCAAUUCUGGGAGCAAUUCCCGCAUUCCCGGCUUUUCCUUGGGAUCCUUGAGCCAAUUCCCGGCUCCUCCCUUGGAUUUCCCUCCCCUCUCCCGCUUGGAAUCCUCCCCAACCAUUCCCACCGGGAAUCCCCCUGGAUCCGAGCCCGGGAUCCAUCCCUACCCUCCCUUCCCGCAGGACAUCGGCCUUUCCCUACGGAAACUCAUCGGGAGCGUCGACGAGAUCCUUCCCGACCUCCCGCCCUCUUCCCGCACCGAGAUCGAGGGCACCCAGAAGCUGCUGAACAAGGACUUGGCCAACCUGAUCGGGAAGAUGCGGCUGGCGCAGCAGAAUUCCGGCACUUCCCUCCGCUCGGAAUUCCAGCGGCAGAUGCUGACGGCCUCCCACGCCCUGGCCGUGGACGCCAAGAACCUUCUGGAUUCCGUGGAUCAGGCCAAGCUCCGGGCCAAUCCCGGCUCGGAAUGACGGAGGGAAGGCGGGAAAAGACAGGCGGAGACGGAAGAAAAGCCGGGGCGGAUCCGGGAGGAUCCGGGAGGAUCCGCUGUCGUUUUUUUCCCCCUCUUCCCGCUUUUUUUUUUGUUGUUUCCCUGCUGCUCGCGUCUGUCGGUGUCGCCUUGCUCUUGGGGGGAGGCGUCCGUCUGUCCGUCCGGGUGUCCGUCCGGGGGGGUUUUCCCGGGAAAAGAAGGGGUUUUCCCGGGAAAA